GGGAGCUGGGAGGCGACACCGAGGCUCCAGUGUCGAGAAGUGCCCGAGGCAAAAGGAGAGGGUCCGGCCGCAGCGGUCCGGGAGCAAAGCCCCUUCCGCCCCUCUCCUCAGCCAGCAUGUCGCGGACCCCGCCGCUUCCCCGGCCGUGCGGCGGGGACCCUGGGCCGAGGCGGCGGGCGCAGCCCUGAAGCGCUGCCGAGCCGGGGGGCGCCCCGAGCGCGAGCCGCUGCUGCUGUCUGAGCGGGGCGUGCCGAGCCCCUGCUGCCACUCCGGGUCCGGGCCAUGAGGAGGGACGAGCGAGACGCCAAAGCCAUGCGGUAUCCGCAGCCGCCGGACGGGGCCGGCUCUCCCCCUGAGAGCCUGAGGAACGGCUACGUGAAGGGCUGCGUGAGCCCCCUGCGGCAGGACCCUCCGCGCGGCUUCUUCUUCCACCUCUGCCGCUUCUGCAACGUGGAGCUGCUGCUGCCGCCGCCGGCCUCCCCCCAGCAGUCGCGGCGCGGCUCCCCCUUCUCCCCGGCGCGCCUCGCGCUGGGCGCCCUGGCCGCCUUUGUCCUCGCCCUGCUGUUCGGCUCGGGGCCCGAGAGCUGGGCUGCUGGGGCCGCCCGGCUGCGGACCCUGUUAAGCGUUUGUUCGCACAGCCUCAGCCCCCUCUUCAGCAUCGCCUGUGCCUUCUUCUUCCUCACCUGCUUCCUGACGCAGACCAAGCGGGGCCCCGGCCCGGGCCGGAGCGGCGGCGGCUCCUGGUGGCUGCUGGCGCUGCCUGGCUGCUGUUACCUGGGGGACUUCUUGGUGGAGCAGUGGGGGUCUUGGCCUUGGGGGGACGGAGACGCUGGGACCCCGGCCCCGCACACGCCCGCAGUGGUGGCAGGCAGGUGGUUCUUGGUGCUGAGCUGCGUGGGCUUGCUGACACUCGUGCACCCGGCGAGGCUCCAGCACAGCAUCCUGGUGCUGCUCCUCUCCAGCUUCGUCUGGUGGGUGUCCUUCACCAGCCUCGGGGCGCUGACCCCAGCCGUCCGGCCGCUGCUGUCCUGCCUGGUGGGGAGCGUCGGCUGCCUGCUGGCCCUGGGGCUGGAUCACUUCUUUCAAAUCAGGGAAGCUCCCCAUCAUCCUCGGUUGUCCAGUACCGCCGAAGAAAAAGUGCCUGUGAUCAGACCCCGGAGGAGGUCCAGCUGCGUGUCGUUCGGAGAAACUUCAGCCAGUUACUAUGGAAGUUGCAAAAUGUUUAGGAGACCUUCGUUGCCUUGCGUUUCGAGAGAACAGAUGAUUCUUUGGGAUUGGGACUUAAAGCAGUGGUAUAAACCUCACUAUCAGAAUUCUGGAGGUGGAAGUGGAGUUGAUCUUUCAAUGCUAAAUGAGGCUCGCAAUAUGGUGUCAGAUCUUCUCAGUGACCCAACCCUUCCCCCACAAGUUGUUUCUUCCCUACGGAGUAUCAGUAGCUUGAUGGGUGCUUUCUCAGGCUCCUGUAGGCCAAAGAUUAACCCUCUCACACCAUUUCCUGGAUUUUAUCCCUGCUCUGAAAUAGAGGACCCAGCUGAGAAAGGAGAUCGAAAACUUCACAAGGGGCUAAACAGUAGGACUAGUCUGCCAACUCCACAGCUGAGAAGGAGCUCAGGAACUUCAGGUCUGCCGCCCAUCGACCAGACUUCUCCAAGGUGGGAACGCAGUAAUGGCAAAAGGCCUCACCAAGAAUUUGGUAUUUCAAGUCAAGGAUGCUAUCUUAAUGGGCCCUUUAGUUCAAAUCUACUGACAAUCCCGAAGCAAAGGUCAUCUUCUGUAUCAUUAACUCACCAUAUAGGUCUAAGAAGAUCUGGUGCUUUACCCAGCCCGAAUUCUCCCAGUCAUGGACCAAUGUCUGCUGGCUCUCCAACCAACCGGUCACCUAUAGAAUUUCCUGAUACUGCUGAUUUUCUUUCUAAACCAAGUGUUAUUUUACACAGAUCUCUGGGCAGUGCACCCAAUUCACCAGAUUUUUGUCAGCAAAUUAGAAAUUCUGAUAGCAAUUUAUGUAACAGCUGUGGACAUCAAAUAUUGAAAUAUGCUUCAACAUCUGAAUCAGAGUCUGGUACAGACUGCCACAGAGGAAAGUCAGGUGAUGAAGAUGAUACCAUUUUCCCAAGAGCAUCACUCAACCUUACAGAAGCUCAACAAGAAGUUGAAACAGAGAACAGACACUGCAGAAAAUUAUUUUGGGAAGGUGAUACUCACCUAACAGAAGAGGCACAGAAUGAAGAGCAACCAAAUACUGAACAGGAAGCAUCAUUGGACCUGGAUUUAAUAGAAGAUUAUGACUCAUUAAUAGAAAAGAUGAGUAACUGGAAUUUUCAAAUUUUUGAACUUGCAGAAAAAAUGGGAGAGAAAUCAGGAAGGAUCCUCAGUCAGGUUAUGUAUAUCCUAUUUCAAGACACUGGUUUAUUGGAGAUAUUUAAAAUUCCCAUUCUACAAUUCAUUAACUACUUUCGUGCAUUAGAAAAUGGUUAUCGAGACAUUCCUUAUCACAAUCGUAUACAUGCCACAGAUGUCCUACAUGCUGUUUGGUAUCUGACAACACGGCCAAUUCCUGGCUUACAAAAGAUCCACAAUGAUCAUGGAACGGGAAAUGACACAGAUUCUAAUGGUAGAAUUAAUCCUGGGCGCAUUGCUUACAUUUCUUCAAGGAGCUGCUCUAUUCCAGAUGAGAGCUAUGGUUGUCUAUCUUCAAACAUUCCUGCAUUAGAAUUGAUGGCGCUAUACGUGGCAGCUGCCAUGCAUGAUUAUGAUCACCCAGGGCGGACAAAUGCAUUUCUAGUGGCUACAAAUGCCCCUCAGGCAGUUUUGUACAACGACAGAUCUGUUCUGGAAAAUCAUCAUGCUGCAUCGGCCUGGAAUCUUUAUCUUUCUCGUCCAGAAUACAACUUCCUUCUUAAUCUUGAUCAUGUGGAAUUCAAGCGCUUUCGUUUUUUAGUCAUUGAAACAAUCCUUGCCACAGACCUUAAAAAGCAUUUUGAUUUCCUUGCUGAAUUCAAUGCCAAGGCCAAUGAUGUGAAUAGUAAUGGCAUAGAAUGGAGUAAUGAAAAUGAUCGCCUCUUAGUAUGCCAGGUGUGCAUCAAACUGGCAGAUAUAAAUGGCCCAGCAAAAAUUCGAGACUUGCAUUUGAAAUGGACAGAAGGCAUUGUCAAUGAAUUUUAUGAGCAGGGAGAUGAAGAAGCAAAUCUUGGUUUGCCCAUCAGUCCCUUCAUGGAUCGUUCUUCUCCUCAACUAGCAAAGCUCCAGGAGUCUUUUAUCACUCACAUAGUGGGUCCCCUGUGUAACUCCUAUGAUGCUGCUGGUUUGCUGCCGGGUCAAUGGAUAGAAGCAGAUGAGGACGAUGAUGCCGAAAGUUGUUAUGAUGAAGAAGAUGGUGAAGAAUUAGAUACAGAGGAUGAAGAAAUAGAAGACAAUCUAAACCCUAAACCACAGAGAAGGAAAGGUAGACGGCGAAUAUUUUGUCAGCUAAUGCACCACCUCACCGAAAACCACAAGAUAUGGAAGGAAAUCAUAGAGGAAGAAGAGAAAUGUAAAGCUGAUGGGAAUAAACUGCAGGUGGAGAAUUCUUCCGUACCUCAAGGAGAUGAGAUUCAGGUCAUUGAAGAAGCAGAUGAAGAGGAAGAGAGACAGUUGGAAUAACAGAAAAGGCAUAUUGAAGACACCCCAAGGGCCGUGCCCAGUGCUCGUGGCGCUGACUCGGAACUGAUGGCUGCCGUGUGGACAGGCCUUAACGCUGUGAGAGGGUCCCACUCCCAUGCACUUGCCCCACGUGAACUGAAGCAGUUUCCUCAGAGCCGGGCUUCAUUUGACUUGUGUUGUCAAGCCCUCACUUAAAGCAUUUACUGGUGUAUACUAAUCAUAAUACUGCUUUGCUGGCUAGAAGGCUCUUAUUUUUCAUGAGCAGGGAGCUAUAACUAAAAACUCAAGUAUCUUAACUUUAGUUUCCUAAGUAGCCAGAACUUUUUGCUUUCUUGAAUACAGGAUUUAAAACAAAAGAAAACAAAAACAAAAACCAGGAUUCGUAUUGUACUUCCAAACAUGUAUUUUAUGUCUCUGAAUGCUGGGUGGCAGGGGCUGUGUGGGGUGGGGGGGCAGUCUGUGCCUACCUAAAAAAGAAAUCCAAUGUUGCCUUUCUGAGGGAUCUGUUCAGUGCAGUACACUGUUCAGUGCUGUUGUCCAGCUAGAUUGAUCCAAGAAGGACUGAGAAAGCUUUGUUAUUUUUAACAAAAUCCAGGUGCAUCAAUUUUUGAUGCUUUUUACUGUUUUUUAUCUACUCUGUUUGUGUUCUUUCUGCUCAGAGUAUUCAGGUUUGUCAUGGACAUCAGAAGUCUGAAUUCCAGUCUUACCGACUUUAUAGCCCAUGGUUGAAUUUUAAAGCUGUUUAGGUUUAACAAUGAAGGAAUUUUAUUCUUUAGUCAAAACUGUUCUUAUUUUUACUCUUGCUCAGGAUUAGUAUUUUUAAACAUUUAGUUUAAUAUAAACACAACAUAGACUUGUCAGAAGGAAAAAAAUUGUCCUAAUAUUGAUGUUAAGCUUUAUGUAAUGAGCAUUAUUCUCUUUUCUUAGAUAAAUUUGAGACUAAUUAAAGCCAAGGAAAAAGAGGUGCCUGUCUUUUGCCUUAAUACAAAAACCAACUGCAGUCAAUCCUAUCAAAGAUAAAGAACAAAUGAAAUAGUGUGAGCUCUAAAGGUCACACACGUUGAAUAAAUAAUUGAGUAUGUGCUUAUCGUGAGACCCCUAUCUUGGGUGUCAUGUGUUUAGUUGCUCUAAAACUGAUGUUCACCUUUCUGUUAAUUUCCUUCUGCCUUGAGAUUACAUGACAGAAGUGACCUGUGACUACUCAAUACUUCUAGAGCCCAAAUGCAAGUCUAAUCUCUGAGAUAAAGUAAAUGAUGGACGUACUUAUUUAAUUUUUAUAUUAAAAACAUCUAAAUAUUUUAGUAAGUCAUUUUACAAAAUGCACAUUAAGAUAAUUGCAAAGAAAAUGGACCAUAUUUACAAUGUUUAUAAACUUGUUAAGGCCCAGAUAAAUACCCUAGCUGGGAAUUUUUUUUGAAGCUAUAAAGAGCAGCCAAAAUGAAAGCAAGAUGGUAGACCAACAUUUUCUAUUAUUCUUGGAGACCAUAUAAUAUUUUGGGUCCAUACAGCUUUUCUAGACAGUGAAACCAUUAAUUUUCCAAAGUAAUUCCUUUAAGAAUAUAUCGGCAGGCAGUUUCUUCUGUACCUAGAAUAUUUAGCUUAUCUGAAAGAUAUUAAAGAUUUAUGGAAGUACUGAAGUUUUGAUCCUGUAUAGUAGUAUCAUAAUAUUUAAUGAAUUACUAAGCUUUAUUUAUUUAGAUGUGUUGAGUGCCGAGUUCCUUCCUACUAUGUUUGCUACCAUUGCUACAUUAAUUGUAAACUGGUCCCUCAGUACUGAGUAAUAAAAUUUUAACUAAUUUA